AUCGUUUCGAAAAUGCCAAAAAUUCCCCUGGCUUUCCCCCAGUGGUUGUGGUUAGAUUAUGUAUGAGGUUUUUGACAUUAUUUACCCAGAUGAGGGAAGGAUUACAUAAGAGGGCUGCAAGCCUAUAAAAGUGUCCUCACUUGGCACAGACAGGAACCAGGUUAGACUUUUUCAAAGGCAGCUGAAACCUGUAGCUGCAUAGAAAAAAAAAAAAAUCAGAAGAACAGAACUUCUCUGGGAGAUAGACACUAAGAUUACUUUGCAUAGAACUAUUUCUCAUGUUUUCUUCUGAUAGUAUUCCCAGUUGGACAGAAAGCACCUGAAUCUGCUUGGAUGAUGAACAGGAGAAAGCAUUCCUGGGCAGCCAUUGUGGGAGGAAACAAGAAGGGGGAGAAAAUGGCUGGGGAAAAUGCAAGAAUGCUGCCCAAGGCCACACGUGAGGAGAGAAAGAAGCAGGAGGCAAAGAGGAAAGAGAAAUUGAAAACCUUGGCUGGCAAAUUGCUGAAGACUGCGGUUGGUGGGAAGGAAACGGUGGAGAAGGCUGGUGCUGAGGAUGUGGCAGGGAAUUUGCUGAAGAGGCCAAGCAGUAGGAAAGGAGUGGAGAGAGGGCUGCCUGCAGAGGAAACCAUCUGCAGAUUCAUUGAGCAAGGAAAAUUUUUGGAAGCUUGUGAUCAAAUUCAUAAUCUGGAGCAUUCUGGAAGUGAUGGUAUGGGGAAGUCUGAAUCACUUUAUGUGCUGCUGGCUGAACGAAUGUGGACUGUAGUGGGAGAAGCAUUGGGUGGAAGUGAUAGGAUGCUCCUGGAGCCAUUGCAGUCAGUGGGGGAAUCACUGAAGUGGGAGAAGCAGAAGGAAGCAGAGCGGCUUGGCAACGGCCUAGAGACAGAUUCUGUUUCCACCUGGAGCCCAAACUUCUGGAGAAAAGAUCUGGAGGAAAAGCUAAUGCAGUACAUGACUGCCCAGAUCCCCCUGUUUGCUUCCUCUGCUAACACAGAUGAGACUGCACUAAAACAACACCUGAGUCAUCUGGAAAUGACGUUUCUCCCCAGUCUGGAGCACAGAAGUGAUGUCUUCAAGGAAGCAGGAUUGCUCGUCACCUAUGCCCGCUGCUGUCAUGCCUCUUUGUGUUCUCACCUGGCCACACUUACUGACAGGAACUGUUUCAGCUUCAGCCAAAGCCUUUUAAUUCAUGGAUGGAUCAUUAAAAUGUACAAAAGAGGCAGCCAGGCAUGUGAGAGACCCGGGCACAGCCCCCAGCACAGCCUUUCCCCUGGUGCACAGUGCCUCGUGUGGAUUCUCUGGAAGACUGAGGAAAAGCUACUUGCAAUCGCACGGAAGGAAGUAGGGAAAGCACUGAAAGAAGCCUUUGAUAUUGGGAAACCCCCUUGUGCAGACGCUGCAGUCAUUGAGAUACUAACAGAGAAGACAGAGACUGCCAGGCGAGUCAGCGAGAGCCUGAGUGAGAAGGUGGAAGCUGAGUGCCUGGAGGAGUGCCUGAGGUUCCUGGAGAGCUAUGAAGAUGAAGUAAGAAGCUUUCUCCAGCUUGAUGGCUGCCCACAGAUCUGCAGCAGCCUACGAAUCCUGGAGAAUUGCUGCCUUCUCAGAACUGUCUGGCAUAAGCUAACAUACAUUUGCAGUGUCAGCACUGACCAGAAUGUUAAGGUAAAUGGAUUUCUACACAGGAUGGAAGAUGACAUUAUGGAGCAUUUUCUGCAGACUAUCACUACUAAAGUCAAGGGAACACUGAAGGACCACUUCAAAAAGUGUGACAGUGGUUUUGACCACAUCCUUGAAUCCUUAAAGCAAAACUUUUUGACCUUUGGGAAGAAAAAAACUGAUAUAUAUGAGGCCCUUGUCAAGGCUGCCAAUGCCAUCAUUAUUACAGAAUACAUGCAGGCCCUCCUGACCACUCCCAGGAAACCAUCUGUUAUGCAGAGGAGGAGGAUUGUCAACAAGAUGGAAGAAGAUCAUAGGAUGAUGCAAGCCAUCUUUAAAGAGUGCUUAGGUCCUGCAGCUGGUUCUCUCAAGGAUCCCAUAAAAGCAAUUUUAGAGCUUGUUCAAACUUCUGAUCCUGAGGGGAUGAAAAUAGCACUUCUGCCCAUUCUAAAAGAAUUUCCAGACCUCAGGAAGGAACAUCUGAGUGCAGUGCUGGACAUGAAAGAUUCACUCAGCUGGGAAGACAGAGCUGCUCUCUUGAAGGCAUUUCAUGAUAAUUGCAGGGAAUUGGAAACAGAAGCAAACAUGCUCUUUGCAGAUAUAGAAGUGAAACCUAGCAAAUGUGGACUCUGUGGCUGCCUCUGCUGUUAGCAAAGCUGUUUUCUUGCCUUCCCUCAGGCCUGCUGGGAGAAACAUGAGGACUUGCUCUGUUGUGCCAGCAUCUGCAACCACAGCUCCUUGAAAGCUUCAUAUGCAGCUGGAUGCAUGGAGAAGCCUGUCAGCCAUGGAAGACAAAAUUCCUGCACUUUUGCAGGAAAACCAUGAGGCUCAAAUCCUAAUCUUAUAUGUAAAGUCCAGGAGGAAGAUAAAUAGGAUAUGGUCAAAAGACAUUUCUUCAAAAUUUCCUAGAGACUGCCAUUCAGCUGAGUCCUGGUGGUUAUUCCUGGGAUGGGGCAAGUGUGGAGGAGCAUUUCUCCUCACUGAAUUCCUCUGUUUCCGUCCCUUGUUCCAUGAAAUCUCUAAUGAAUCCAGGGACUGCUGCACC